CUCCGCGCCGCCGGCUGUGGGGACUGGCGGACUGACAGCUCCAGAAGGAGUGAGGCUACCGGCCUUCCCUGCCUCCCCCACUCUCAGCCCCCUCCCGCGGCCAUGAAAUCCCGGCGGGACAAGCUGAACAUCCCGGCCCUGACCUUGGAUUUGUCACCAAGUAGCCAGAGCCCGACCCUGCUGAGCCCUUGCAGCCCUGCUAGCCCCUGCAGCCCAUUACAGACCCUGCACCCCUGGAGCUGUCGCAGCGGCAACAGAAAAAGCCUGGUGGUGGGGACGCCCUCGCCCACCCUCUCCCGACCUCUGUCCCCGCUCUCGGUGCCCACAGCCGGCAGCAGCCCCUUGGACAGUCCCCGGAACUUCUCAGCCAGCACUGCCGUGAAUUUCCCCUUUGCACGCAGCCAUGGGCCCCGGACUGACAGGGCUGAUGGCCGGAGAUGGUCACUCGCUUCCCUCCCCUCCUCUGGCUAUGGGACCAAUACGCCCAGCUCGACUGUUUCGUCCUCCUCAUCCUCCCGAGAACGGCUGCACCAGCUGCCAUACCAGCCAACGCCAGAUGAGCUCCACUUUCUUUCCAAGCACUUCCGCAGCUCGGAGAGCAUCGUAGACGAGGAUGGGGGCCGCCGCUCGCCCUGCAUGCGCCCUCGUUCCCGCAGCCUCAGCCCCGGGCGAACCACAGGAGCUUUUGACAGCGACAUUGUCAUGAUGAAUCAUGUCUACAAGGAGCGAUUCCCCAAGGCCACUGCCCAAAUGGAGGAGCGACUGCAGGACAUCAUCACCACCUUCUGCCCGUCCAAUACGCUGGCCCUGGCUGAUGGCGUCCUGAGCUUCAUUCACCACCAGAUAGUGGAGCUGGCUCGGGACUGCUUGGCCAAGGCUCGGGAAGACCUGGUCACUUCUCGCUACUUCUUGGAGCUUCAGGAAAAGCUGGAAAAGAUGCUGCAAGAUGCACACGAGCGCUCGGAGAGCCAGGAGGUCACCUUCAUUGGGCAGCUGGUGCGGAAGCUCUUGAUCGUCAUCUCACGCCCCGCUCGUCUCCUGGAGUGCCUGGAAUUUGAUCCUGAGGAGUUCUAUCACCUUCUGGAAGCCGCAGAAGGACACGCCCGGGUGGGUCAGGGCAUCAAGACGGACAUUCCUCGAUACAUCAUUGGCCAAUUAGGCCUGACCAAGGACCCUUUGGUGGAGAUGGUGCAGCUGGGUCCUCAGGACGCUGACGCUGGAGACCCCCCAGAGAACCGAUCUCUCACUGUCCCUUCCCGAAGGAAACCCUGUGAGAGUGACUUUGAGACCAUCAAACUGAUCAGCAACGGAGCUUAUGGGGCUGUGUAUCUGGUCAGGCAUCGGGAGACCCGUCAGCGCUUCGCUAUCAAAAAGAUCAACAAGCAGAAUCUAGUGCUCCGGAACCAGAUCCAGCAAGUGUUUGUGGAGAGGGACAUCCUCACCUUUGCUGAGAACCCUUUUGUCGUCAGCAUGUUCUGCUCCUUUGAAACCCGCAGGCACCUCUGCAUGGUCAUGGAAUAUGUGGAAGGGGGGGACUGCGCCACGCUGCUGAAGAACAUGGGCCCCCUGCCUGUGGACAUGGCCCGCAUGUACUUUGCGGAGACCGUCCUGGCCUUGGAGUACCUGCACAACUACGGCAUCGUGCACCGGGACCUCAAGCCGGACAACCUCCUGAUCACAUCCUUGGGCCACAUCAAGCUAACUGACUUCGGGCUGUCCAAGAUCGGGCUGAUGAGCAUGACCACAAAUCUGUACGAGGGCCACAUCGAGAAGGACGCCCGGGAGUUUGUGGACAAGCAAGUCUGCGGGACCCCUGAGUACAUUGCACCUGAAGUGAUCUUCCGACAAGGCUAUGGCAAGCCGGUGGAUUGGUGGGCCAUGGGUGUCAUUCUCUAUGAAUUUCUGGUGGGCUGCGUCCCGUUCUUCGGCGACACCCCCGAGGAGCUCUUCGGCCAGGUCAUCAGUGAUGACAUCAUCUGGCCAGACGGGGACGAGGCGCUGCCCGCGGAUGCUCAGGACCUGAUCACGAAGCUGCUGAAGCAGAGUCCCCUGGACCGACUCGGCACCGGUGGGGCCUUUGAAGUCAAGCAGCACCCCUUCUUCCACAACCUCGACUGGACGGGUCUCCUCCGGCAGAAGGCAGAAUUCAUCCCACAGCUGGAGGCGGAAGAUGACACGAGCUACUUUGACACUCGUUCGGAGCGGUACCGGCACCUGGGCUCGGAGGAUGACGAAACUAAUGAUGAGGAAUCCUCUACGGAAAUCCCCCAGUUCUCUUCCUGCUCCCACCGGUUCAGUAAGGUUUAUAGCAGUUCUGAGUUCCUUGCUGUUCAAUCAAAUCUGACCUUUUCCGAGAGAAGCUACAGUGAGGACAAGGAAGAGCGGUCGGAGCGGUGGGAGCGGGGUUCAGGGGAGGAAGAGAAGAGCCGCCCUUUGAGCACAGAAGUCAGGCUGAGAUCCUGGACAUCCUCUGGCUCCCUGCGGCACUCCUCCUCCUCGUCCUCCCAGCCGGAGCGAAGCCAGAGCCCCUCAGCCCUGAGCACCACCUACAGCUUGGACCCCAUGCCCAAGUUCGCCUUCUCCUCCGAGGACGAAGCCUCCAGCCAGGGCCCUUCCCAACCACAAAGACCGAUUUUUGUGUUGGGGGAACCUGAGGAGCCAGUGAAGGAAACGACCAAAGCAUCUGCCCUCACAGCCGAUGGCUCAAGCCUCAGCCACAUCCGGCUCCGGAGUAACAGUACUGGGGCCAAGAACUCCACACCGCGGGGCCUGGAGGGUGGGACGAGCCGGCGCCUCGGUGGCCAGAAGGAGACUCCCGAGAAGCAGAAGACGUCCCCUGUGGGGGGCCGGGUGCCCAAGUCGGCCUCCGUCUCAGCCCUCUCGCUGGUCAUCACUUCAGAUGACUGCAGUAGUGGGGCCCUCAUGAGUCCCAUCUCCCCCCAUUCCCUCUCCUCCAACCCCUCCUCCCGGGACUCCUCCCCGAGCCGAGACUCCUCCAUCGGUAUCACCAACCUGCGGCCGCCCAUCAUCAUCCACAGCUCCGGGAAGAAAUUUGGCUUCAGCCUCAGGGCCAUCCGUGUGUACAUGGGCGACAGCGAUGUCUACACUGUGCACCAUGUGGUCUGGAGCGUGGAGGAAGGCAGUCCUGCUCAUGAAGCUGGCCUGAGGGCGGGAGACCUCAUCACACACAUCAACGGAGAGUCUGUACUCGGACUGGUUCACAUGGACGUUGUGGAGCUGCUGCUGAAGAGCAACAACAAGAUCUCCCUUAGAACCACGGCCCUGGAGAACACCUCCAUCAAGGUGGGCCCAGCCCGGAAACACAGCAACAAAGGCCGCAUGGCCCGGCGCAGCAAGAAGAGCAGGAAGCGGGAGAGCCAGGACAGGAGGAAGUCUCUUUUCAAAAAGAUCUCCAAACAGUCAACAAUGCUACACACGAGUCGGAGUUUCUCUUCUGGCCUCCAUCACUCGUUGUCUUCCAGUGAGAGCCUUCCUGGCUCCCCUACGCACAGUCUGUCCCCUGGACCAACCACCCCUUGCCGCAGCCCCGCCCCUGAUGCCCCACCAGAUACCGCGUCUCCACAGAGCACUUCGCCCUCCUCCAGCACCCCCACCUCCCCCGCGGGCCACAUCCGGCCCAGCUCCCUGCAUGGGCUGGCGUCCAAGCUGGGGGCCCCGCGCUAUAAAGUGGGUCGCCGGAAGUCAACAAGCAGCAUCCCGCCGUCUCCACUGGCCUGUACGCCGUCCCCGGGCCCACAGCCCCCCUCCCCGCAGAGGUCUCCAUCCCCUUUACCAGGUUACCCCAAAAACCUGUACGCCUUCCAGGGUAAGACCUUGUCCCCCCCAAUGAUCACCAGACAGACGUCCCGGCCCCGGAGCGCCGAGACCCCCCGAUCUCCCCUCCUGAAGCGAGGACAGUCUGCUGACAAAAUCGCCCCCUCCCUGGUGGAGAAGAAGCCGUUGGGGGGCCGUAAACUCACCCUUGAAAUGCCAGCGGGAGACAGAGACGGACUGGAGGAGGCUUCUGGCCACACGGGCUCAGCGAGCCGGGGCAGAGACUGGGCCGGAGACCGGCACGAGCGCGACCAGGAGGUGGUGGUCAUGAGGCGCCUGAACCUCUCGGAGCGCCGGGACUCUUUCAAAAAGCAGGAGGCCGUCCAGGAGGUGAGCUUCGACGAACCCGAGCCCCCAGGCGCAGGGGAUGAGGGCCCCUGCAGGCAGGAGGGCCAGGCGCGGCCCGGGGUGUGCGAGCAGAAGCCCCCACCCGUGCCCCAGAUUGCCCUGGAGGGCCGGGUGCACGAGCCGGGCGCGGGUGAGUGGGAGUGCCAGGGCUCCUAUCCGCCCCUGCAGCUGGUGGCCAAGGUCUACACUGAGCAGACGGAUGGGACCAAGGCGGUCGAGUAUAAGAGCCUCUCGUCCCAGCGGCGGAACAGCCGGGACCUGCGGGACUUGGGCUCGGGGCCACAGCCCUCCAGGGUGGGUCGGGCCCUGCGGGGGCCCCUGCAGGCGGCCAAGUCCUUGCCCAUCCUCCAGCUCUCGGGAGGCCAGGAACGGGCAGGACCUGACCCUCGCACUCCCCGGAGUCCGCGAGACGCGGGCCCCUCGAGGAGGAAGGAUGGGGACCGGCGCUAGGAGCCACGCGCCGGAGCCCACCCCCAUCCCUCCCACCUGCAUCUGCUUCAGAGCCGAGUCAAUGCAUGCAUCCUGGCGGCGGGGAGCGGGAGAAGGGAAAGGCUCGAGCCUCGGGCCCUGCCAUGGGAGCAAGCCCAGGACAAGCAACAUGGACUCGGAUGCGGCUUUUUCUACGAACUGGAAAGAAGUCUCCUUAUUUUUGUAGCGCGGGGGCCAUGGGGUAGAAGAAGGGCACUUUUGUAAAUAGCCGGGAGGCAGACCCCUACCAUUAAUUUAUUACUUUUGUAAGCUAAGCUGAGACUGGAGCACAGAGCUUCUGUGAAGGCACCUUGACCUGGCGUGGAGGAGGGGUGGGGCUGCCUCCUCCCCCGGGGUGAGGAGCCCGCCCUGCGCGUCCCUCCAUCCCCUGCUCCAGAGCGGGAUGGUGGAGACAGCUGCUUCAGGGCGGACGGAAGGUCACCUGGCCAGGGGUUCUAGAUCAGGCUGUGAUUCAGAGACAAGACAAGCACCCCCUCUUCCCUCCACCCGUCUUCUCCUUUGUGAGAUGCCCCCCAGCCCCAGGCACAUGUACAGAAAUGGCUACAGCUGCAAACUUCCCCUAAACAGUGUCACCGGCUGGAGCUGCCCCUUCUCUGUCCAGUGACCUUAAAGAAGGAAGGACGCUCUCCUCGGCUUCCUCUCCACUCACCCCUAAACAAACCUUGCAUGUUUACUGUAAGUCAGCACUUUGGAAGGAAAGCGAGAGCCUCCAGGGACACCUUCUGCCAAAACAGAAGUUCUCAUGGGAUGUUAGCAUCAAUGUGUGGUUUUCCCGGGAAGUUUUAAAGUCAGGACUGGGAGGAAUGUUGGAACCCAGGAUAUUGGAGCUGGGAGGGCCCUUAGAGCCCAGGAUAUUGGAGCUGGGAGGGCCCUUAGAGCCCAGGAUAUUGGAGCUGGGAGGGCCCUUAGAGCCCAGGAGGUCAGAGCAGGGAGGGCUCUUAGAACAUGGAAUGUCAGAGCUGGGAGGGCCCUUAGAACAGGGAAUGUCAGAGCUUGGGGGGCAGAAGGCUUCUGCUUUGUCUCUGGUCUCAAAACCCUGCAUUUCUGAACUUCCAAACUUCUUGUGAGGCGGGCAGACGCCCAGGAACGGGACUCUGCCACGCUGUAAUUUAGCACAGUCUUACUUCAAGAUCCAAGUGGCGGCCUCUUUGAUUCCCCUAGCGCACCCUCACCGACAGUUUUCCUGUCUGGACCAAGGGGUAUUUAAGGCUGCGACGAGGUGGGGCAGUGUUGUCUGGGACCAGCUGGGAAGGGCAGACUCCCUCAGAAGGACAGGGCCGGAGCAGAGUCUCCAUCCCCGGAGAAGUUUCUCCUCCCGUGGGUCGGCCUACAGGCCCCCUGCUCCUGAGCCGGGCUUUUCCCCAUCAUCCCAGCCAGAGACAAGGCUAGCCCUUUGUUUAGUGAGUGAUAUCAUUACACAGAGAGUGGGCCCUCCAAACCUCAGCCAAAAACAGAUAGAACUUGCACCAUCCUGGACAUUAGAUUAUGGAUUAGCUCUUUGGGGUGUUAUUCCUAAAUUGUUUGAGGCUUUGUCUGCAGUGCCUAAAGGAUCUGAAAUGCCUUGAUCUGGUUGACGUCGGAACAUCGAAUGCUAGAGAGAAAAUCAAGAUGACCUAAGUCCUUACUGACUGUGUGACCUCAGUUUCCUUAUCUGAGGAAUGGACUUGAUGGAUUUUUUUUAUUUUUCUGAGGCACUUGGGGUCAUUUGACCUACCCAGAGUCACACAGCUAGGAAGUUUCGGGUGUCUGAGAUCAGAUUUGAAGUCAGGCUUCUGACUUCAGGGCUGGUGCUCUAUCCACUGAACCACCUAGAUGCUCCUUGAUGGAUUCUUGAGACCUUUCCAUCUCUCGGUUAUGUUCCUACUCUACUCUGUGUAGGUAGCCUCUCCAUCAACAUCAGUAAUGGCCAAUCUGUUGUGACUGACAAAAUGGGUCAUCUUAUGGCCAACUUUAAGGUGAUAACAGACCCAUAGUGGGCCCCACUACUUAGCCUCUUAGAACCUGCAGACCCCAGAGGCAUUGAAUAAAGCUUCACUAGGGGAGAACUAAGGAUAAACCUCCGCCUGACCAGUUUAAACUUCUUGGUUCCAAGAGGAGCAAGUUGAUGUUUAAAAAUGCCUCUUUACAGAAUAGAUCCAUGGGCAUUUAUUAAGCACUUAUUGUAUACCUGAGCUCAUAAAGAAGGAGACCAGCCCCUGUCCUCUGGGAGCUUACAUUCUUCUAAAGUAAACUCAGGUUUUUGGAGGAGCUCAUGACCUGAAGCCAAAUAAUGGAAAUUUUCAGGGGGGUAGGGUUAGAUGUAACCAUUUAUAAAUUCCCCGGUCAUAUAUUUUUAUCUUUUAAAAAUAUUUUUUCUGUUCAUUUACCCUCGGCCCCUGUUUAACCUUGAGAACAUGCAUUCUGCCUUCUUUAAUUAUCUCAUGUUCUUUUACAUUUGGACAAUGCUUUAAAAUGGUGUGAUCUCUUAUCUGUGUUCUCCACAGCAGGGGAAUAGAUGGAAAAAGGUUCCCCGUUUCCCUUCCAGUUUGACAUUUUACUUCCCCAGAUGUAAAGCAUCAAUGGGAGUUUCCCUUGGGAUCCUCAGUGGACAGUGUCCAAGGUAUUGGAGCCAAGUCUCCUCAUACUUCCCCAGGAGAAUCCUCCAACCACAGUCAGUCCCGCGGCCCGUGGUUUAACUGGUAGUUGGGACUGGAAGAGCAGAAGCUCUGCUGAUACAGCCGGUCUCAGCGGGCCCACGAGGACCACUUGCUUCCCUGAAUAGUCAUCCCUGGUUUAUCUUACAUGUCUUUCCCAAAUAUUGACCAGUGAUUUCAUGGUUGGCUCCCUCCUUGGGUUCUGUCUCCUGAUAAUUGCCGUCCCCCCAUUGCUGUUCCUCCUAGUCUAGUUCCUGGUGCAGAGUGGAUGCCGGAUAAAAGAAAAAAUAGUGACCUGGAGAGAGCUUUGCUAAUGAGUGUUGCAUGAGGUCAUAAGUCAACUCAGGAAUCGUGUAUUAAAUCAUUAUUAAAACAUUCGUGGAGCAACUUGGAAGUGGGUCAGAGACGAGCAUGAAAGGCAGUCAUUUCCCUCCUGGUGCAAUGGGCACCAGGGCCUCCAAGCCAGGACUUCUGACCCUUUCAGGGAUCCUUGGCUCCUUCUCAGAAUCAUGUUUCCAAAUAAGUGAAGAAAAUCAGGCAGCUCAGUGGAGAGAGCCGUGGUCCUGCAGGCAGGAGGACCCGAGUCCAAAUGGGCCCUCAGACUUCUACUGUGUGGCCCUGGAAAAAAUUGAAGAAAUCGUCAUUUCCAUUAAAAGUUAGUGAAAAUAAAGAUGUCAUUUUGUCCCCAUCCA